UUUUGGUAUGAUUUAGGGAAUCAGUAGGAUCAUUCGAGAGAAAUUCAGUUUUCUCAUAUUUUGACAAAUUAUGGUGUUCGUGAUAUUAUUCCGCUGUUGCAAGUUCUAAUUGGGAUUCUGGUAAACUUCGCAACGUCUGCUCUGAGGGUGAUGUUUCUAGUAGAAUGCACAUUUUUACUGUUUUAUGCCCUUUCUCGCCUGUAACAUACCAAUCCGACUGAAGGAAGUUGUGAGAGCUGAUGGUCCAUAUUGAAUUGGUUGGAGUUGCAGGUCACACAAAUGCAUUUUUUUGCACCUCUGCAAUGUAAAUUUGUAGAGAAUAUUGCUGUUUCUAGGACGGAGCUCCGUGCAGUCUGGUAACCCCUUACCGACGUUUUGGAAGCAAGAGGUUCACUCAAAAUGGGUGAACUAGGUGCCUUCAAAACUGAGCAACAAUCUGUUAAGACUACACAAGUUGUAAUAAGACACUAAGCUUCUGCCGGCCUCUACUGUGAGAAGAAGGAAGUCCAUGUCAGUGUGUGUUUGUUCACAAUAAUUAGUAUGUUUGCUUACAGACAUGGGCAAAUAUUCAGAGCUAGGAAUGCCGAGAAUUCUGCUACAGAGAGCUGAAGAAACAUUUCCUGCAGUGACAGAAAGGAUGAACUGUACAAAUUCAGAGAAGGUUUUUGUUGGUCCAUAUGGUGAGAUAUAUCCAGCAAGUCAUGAUGCAAACCAGGCAGUGAAUAUAAAAGCUGAGGAAGUCUCAGACUCACAAGAGGAAGUGGAUCCUCUGCAAAUAACAGUUCAGGAAGUAAAGGCUGAACCUGAGAACUGUACAAAUUCGGAGAAGGCUUUAGUGGGUCCAUAUGGAGAGACAUACCCAACACGUCAUGAUGCAAGUCAGACCAUGAAUGUAAAAUCUGAGGCAGUCUUAGAUGCAGAUCCUGUCCUAAUAACAUUUCCGGAAAUAAAGGCUGAACCUGAGGCAACUGUACUACGUUGAAUGUUGCGUGUGAUGUACCACUCCACUAAGCAGUGCUUUGUUACUACAUCACAGAGUUUCCAGGAUCUAUAAAUGCUGAAGUUUAUGAUUUAUUUAUUUUCUGUCUUCGAUGCAGUCUGUAUCCAUGUAAUAACGUAGAAGUGUCAUUGUGUUGAGGAUUUGUUAUAGGAUAACUAAUGGUUCUCUAUAGCUUUGUGAUAAUGUUUGACAGAUUAUAAACACGUGUUGUCUGUUGCCCUUUUGUUUUAAGUAAAUUUAAUAUACCUGACACUGUUGGAGUUGCCUCUGUACCUGAUGUCAGGUGAUUGGUUGUCAUAACAGAUGUUUUUUGUUGUUAUAUUUGGUUAGACAGAAAGGUGACUAAACAUUGGCUGGUUCACACUGACUAAUGCACCACUGGCUGGCUGCAAGGUGCAUACAAAUUUUGCAAGUGUAUCAGUAUGCCUGUGGCCAGUAACAUUUGGAAUGAAGUAUACAAUUCACAGCUCACAGAAGUUGUUGAAAAUGCUGUCCCCCUACAUGUAGACAUUCCUUGCACCAGCAGAAGGGGUUUAGAUUAACCCUUAAAGCUGUUGUGCCAGAAUUGUUGCAAUUUCCCUAUGAAUAUUCUUUUUAGUUCUUCCAGGUGGUGUUUACUGUUUUAAACUUUGCCCUGCAAAGAACCACAGAAGAAAAUAUAUAAGAAUUAAGGUUGGGUGAAUGUGCCUGCCAAAUACUAGUGCUGAUAUUUCUGUCCCUGAAAGUACCAGGCACAGCUGGCAUAGAUGUACGUAAAAUGUGGGCAGUAGCUUAGUCUUGCUGAAACCAGCCAUAGAGUCUUUUUUCUUUUGUAACUCUCGAAAGAAUUGUCUGAGAAUCACCUGUACAUAAUUUUUUUUUACUUGGUGGGGUGGGACUAAGUUCCUUCUAUGGUGGCCUCUUCUGUCCUAU